UUACGUAAAGGUUUAGUGUAUCCCCGCGAUGUACCUAUCUAGAUUUUACCUGUACAUGCUCCGGCGUCGGUCGAUCCUACUUAAGAUCGCCGUGCUCAUCACGACGGUGUGGCUGACGAUAGCGGUGCUCCUGUUCAUCGAGGACCGCGAGGCCAUGUCGGGGCCGGGCGAGGGGGGCGGUGGGGGCCCCCCGGCGGCGGCGGCCCUCCGGCGGCCGGACCCGCAGCUCCUCCACAAGGACGUGGCCGGAAUAGUUCCUGAUAACAGCAUCGAUAGCGGGCGGAACAUGGGGGUGGUAGAGGACCUCGAGGGGAAGAUGGUGCGGCGGAACCUCGGGCGGGAGAGGGAGAGGGAGGAGGAGAGGAAGGAGGAGGAGAACGACGUGGGGGCGGAGCCGGAGGCGGAAGACGGGGUCCUGGCCAUGCCCAAGGACGAGCUCCGCAACUCGGAGGAGAAGCUCUACGGGGAGUUCGGGGUACCGGUGACGUUCCCGUCCAACGUCUCGGGCGACGUCAAGAAGCUCAUCGACGAGGGCUGGCAGAAGAACGCCUUCAACCAGUACGCCAGCGAUCUCAUCUCCGUCCACCGGAAGCUCCCCGACCCCAGGGAUAAAUGGUGCAAGGAGCCGGGGCGAUACCUGAAGAACUUACCAGCUACCUCAGUCAUCAUCUGCUUCCACAACGAGGCCUGGUCGGUGCUCCUGCGAACCGUCCAUUCCGUCAUCGACCGAUCGCCCCCUGAACUCCUCUCCGAGAUCAUCCUCGUCGAUGACUACUCAGACAUGCCCCACCUGAAGCAGCAGCUGACGGACUACAUGAAGCAGUACCCGAAAGUGCGAGUCGUGCGUGCCUCCAAGCGGGAGGGCCUAAUCAGAGCAAGACUCCUGGGCGCCAGGUUCGCCAAGGGCCCCGUUCUCACUUACCUAGAUUCUCACUGCGAGUGCGCCGAAGGCUGGUUGGAGCCGCUUCUGGACCGGAUCGCCCGCAACUCGACGACGGUCGUCUGCCCGGUCAUCGACGUCAUCGACGACUCCUCGCUCGAGUACCACUGGCGCGACUCCGGAGGCGUCAACGUCGGCGGAUUCGACUGGAAUCUCCAGUUCAACUGGCACGCUGUUCCUGAAAGAGAGAAAAAGCGACACAAAAAUCCAGCUGAGCCUGUGUGGAGCCCUACUAUGGCUGGUGGACUAUUUAGUAUUGAUAAACAUUUUUUUGAACGUCUCGGCACCUAUGACUCAGGAUUCGACAUCUGGGGUGGUGAAAAUCUAGAGCUUUCUUUCAAGACUUGGAUGUGUGGAGGAACUCUAGAAAUUGUGCCAUGCUCUCAUGUUGGUCAUAUUUUCCGCAAAAGGUCCCCCUACAAAUGGCGAUCAGGUGUCAACGUUCUCAAGAGGAAUUCAGUCAGACUUGCUGAAGUUUGGCUGGACGAAUAUGCUAAAUACUAUUACCAAAGGAUAGGAGGAGACAAAGGUGAUUUUGGAGACGUUUCCUCAAGGAAAAAGUUGCGGGAAAAAUUAGGAUGUAAACCAUUCAAGUGGUACUUAGAUAAUAUUUAUCCAGAACUUUUCAUUCCUGGUGAAGCAGUUGCUUCAGGAGAGGUGCGCAAUAUGGGCUACGGUGGUAAAACAUGUUUGGAUUCAGCUGCUCGAAAAGGCGACUUGCAUAAACCUGUAGGCCUUUACCCAUGCCAUAGAAUGGGCGGUAACCAGAUUCGGAAUCAAUGGUCAGACUAUUGCAUCGAUUCCUCAUGUAAGCCUGAAGAUAUUCAUAAACCAGUGAAUUUGUGGCCUUGCCAUAGGCAGUUUGGUAACCAGUUCUGGAUGCUAAGUAAAACUGGUGAAAUUCGCCGAGAUGAGGCUUGUUUAGAUUACGCUGGAGCAGAUGUGAUCUUAUAUCCUUGUCAUGGCUCGAAAGGAAAUCAGUUGUGGCAAUAUGAACCUGAUACUCAUUUUAUCCGCCACGGUAGCAGCAAAAAGUGUUUAGCAAUUUCAGCAAAUAAACAGAAGCUAAAAAUGGAAGAGUGUGAAGAAAGUAGAGAGAGGCAAAAGUGGAUUUUUGAAAACUACGACCCAUCAAAGUUAUAGUUCUUGUCAGCAAUUUAAGGUAAGGUUUUUCUCGAGUCCUCUUUUCAACCAGCUUGUGGUUGAUUGCCCUCUGCUUGUCUUUUUAGUUGUGUACAUCUUCCUUUUUCUCAGGUUUAGUAUUUUCCUGUACUUUAACGUUUGUGAAACUUCAUCUGUUUCACGUCACAUAAUUUGGAUUAAAAUUUCAUUAAGACCUUUACUUAAUUUCUCGUAAUAUCUAAUAUCGAAUUGUUUCAUUCUCUGAUUGGUUAAUAAUGUUUAUCUCACAACUUUUCUUUUUUAUUGAAAUUUUUCCAUUUUUUAAAUCUACAUAUUUUUAUCAAGUAUACACAUUGAGAACCUUUUUUUUCUCACAGAGAAAAAUUGAUAUUUCUGAAAUACUCUCCAUUGCUACUUAAUGUGGUUACAAUAAACUACUUAACUAUUUUUCGUACAAAAUACAAAAGAAAAAAGUCGAAACGUAAAGUGUUCUCUCAUCUUAUAAUUAAUGAUCUUGCAGCGUAGUAAUCUACUUAAUUUUUCUUGUCAGUUUGUGAAGUACUGAACAACAAAUAAAAUUUGGCAAUAAUUUCUCUUCACAUCAUUCAGUAGCGAGACAAGGGUACAAAGUAAUUAGCCAAAAAGAAUGUGCUCAAAUUAUAGAAGUGAGGUAACUGAUGAUUCGCAUUCUAAAACAUCAUCAUUUAAAAUCUAAUUAAUAAAAAUGUUUAUAUGUAAGUAUAAAUUAACAAUUUAGCCAGUAAUUUUUAAAGCUGAAACUUCAUCAAAUUGACAUCUUGUAGUAUGUGAUAAACUUCUACUUAACCCUAUCAUUACCAAGCCAAGCGUUUGCAAGCUCCACAGCAAAAAUUUGUUGUCAUGCAGACAAAUCGAAACGCUUUCUGUUAGAAAGUGGCGAAAGUUGUAGUUCAGAUCCUUUUUAACUCCUCCUCAUUUUAACAUUGACGUAAAUGAAUCUCUGUUGGGUCAGUUCAUAUAAGUUUUAUUCUAAUUAUUUUGUUUUUUGAGUGAUGUGAUGAGAAAGAAAUUGAUAGGAGCCAAACAAGAAACAUCAGAAGUCAAUUUUUUCCAACCAUUACUUUAUCUCCUCAAUCAAUUUUCAAAAACCGUUCAAGGAUUUGGUUUAGAAAAGUGAUAAUUCUUUAUUUGGCACUCCAGAUUAUGUCAGUUAACAUCAUUUUGAAAAGUUUCGUAGAAAUAUUGACUAUCCCUUUUUAAAUCCUGUGCCAUUUCUUCAGUCAAUACUCUACUUUAAACAGAUUACCAAAUGGACAUAAUAACUGAUCGAGUGAAAAAGGAAGUCAUUAUACCUAUCAGUCAUGAUUUUCCGGUCUAAAUACUUAUCUUAAUUCCCAAUCAUGCCAAAUUACAUUCCAAUAUAUCUGUGGUUUCUGAUGUAUCUUCGGGUUUGAAAAUUUUCUGUUUUCCAAAAUGGUUAGGAAUUAUUUAGUUCUCCUUGUUUAGGAUUAAAUAAUUUACCAGUUAUGAAAGUGAAAAUUUAUUGAUAAACAUUCCAUUUGUGUAUGUAUUUUUCUUUUUACCUAGAGCUGUCAUCAACAUAUCAGUUAUUUGUUGCAAUGAUGAGUAAAAACUCAAGGAGUAAAUUUGUGUAAAUACAUUAUUUCUGUCCUUUUUUUUUUUCAGUAUCUUUUUCACAAUUGUGAUAUUCUUAGUAAAUUUUUGUAACUUCCAUCUUUUGUAAUAUACUCUCCUCUAGCGUAUUGUUUUAAGUGAUAUGUAAUAGGAAACUUAAAUUUUAUAUACUUACCAAACUCAAAUGUAGAUAGGUGGAUUUAAAAAAAAUGUGUAUAAAAUUUGAUUCUUUAUGUCUCCUCCUUCUACUUUCUUGUGUUAAAAGGUAAAUCAAGCUAAAAUUUAUUGUAUAUUCUUGUAUACUAAUCUGUAUAUUUUUUACCUGUAAAAAUUUCUCUAAAACCAAAAUGAUGAUUCCAUAAUUUAUAUUCUAAUUCGUUCGCACUUCUCUUCCUUUGCAUUGUUGAUACUGAAAAUAAUUAUGCAAGAUGUUUCAAAAGAAAAUAUCUGCCUUGGAUAUCUUUUAAAUAAUUUGUGCAUUGAAAAAAGCCAUAACACCCAAGAGGCCCAAAAAUACCAAUGUGCGGGAAAGAUGUCGCCUCUCAAAAUUAUUGAAAACGUCUUUUGUCAUUUGUUGAUAUUCGAAUUCAUUCAAAAGAUAUUCGAGGUGGAUACUUUCUUUUGGAACACCCUUUAUAUAAGGAUGAAAAGUAUGCGAAUAUUUAAAUUAGUUAGACUAAAAUAAGAAAACUCAAAAGAUAGAGCUUUCUUAUUGACAAAUCGUUGCUCAUUUAAACUCUUAUUAUUAGCUCAUUCUGAUGUGCCAGUCGGAAAAUUAAGGGUGAUUACGCAGGAUGCUAUCUCAUUCAGCAUAAACACUUGCUCUACAAAUUCAAAGUCAGAUUAAUGAAUCCCUCUUUAGAGCAAUAAUAUGACAAGUGAUGCAUCAAGUUCCCUGUUAGAUAGGUAUUUUUAUUCAAGAUUAGAACUUCUUUGUGAUGGAACUAUUUAUUGCAUUCAAUUACAGAGCCUGUCAUUUUCUUUCCUCUGAUGAUUGAAGCAUCUCUUGAGAAGAACAAAACCAACUUCUCAAAUUGCUAGUGUAACUUUUUUAAAUUUUUGUCCAAUUUCAUUUCUGGGAGUAAAAUCAAGUCCCAUAAAUUUUCCAAAAAAAUUAAAGGUAAUGUGUUUUUCUGAAGGGUCAAAUCAUUCCAGAAGGCUCCUCUAUUUUAAAAUUUUAAAAGAAAUUUUUGAUCUUCUUCAUUCUACUCAUCAGAACCAGAACUUACUCCUAUGUUAUCUGAAAGAGUAAUCCUUAUUGUUAACUGAAGAGUAAUAGUUUUGUCUUAUGAAUUGUGGCUAAAAUCCAUCCAAAAUUUAAAUUUAGAGUUCAAGUCUUCCAAUUUCAACAUUCCUCAUUCUCAUCAGUUGGGUACUGAUUACUGAAUCAAAUUUGUUCUCAAGUUUAAUAUUAUACUUUAUUUUCCCGUUUUUGACCAGCAAUACUUAGAAUCUCCAGCGCUUCACCCUCUUUUGCAGGCAUUAAAAUGCCUAACAAAGAAAUUGUUCCCGAGGGUAUGAUAAACUUAUAGCUCAAAAGUCAGCUGAGUCGAAAAAUUGUUCAAAAUGAGAUGUUUAAAAUUACAAGUAAUCACUUUUUCCAAAGAUGCAUCCAUUGGGUUUACUUGCAAUUAAUUUGAGGGCACUUGUGAAAAAAGUCAAUAAUCUUCAAGUGAUUUUUCCUCUUUUUUUAUUAAUAUUAAUAUUUUGUAGGUAGGUAUUAUUAUUGUGCAAUAAUUUUGUUGAUAUUACUAGCGAAGUCGUAAAAAUUUUGUUAUUUUCCCAAUUGUAUGAAAUGUAUUUUUUCCUCACAUUGAACAUCUUUGACUUUGUAGAAACUAGAGUCUUGCUGAUAAUCAAGUAGGGAGAAGAAAAUUAUGCAUCAAAUAUGUUCCGGUGCAGUAUGCAAAGUUUUGUCAGUUGAAUGAAAAAUUUGCGAGUUACUGAACAUUUUGUUGCGCACUGUAAAUUUCAGAAAGAUUAGGACUAGAAACAUCCGUAGUGUCGAAAUCUCCUUGAAAGUGCUUAGAUUUUGAGAAGUUCAAGGCUUUUUAAGUUUUAUUUUUUUCUUCAAAGUGUGAACACAAUGGGAAAGGAGAAAAUUUUGAAAAAUUUUGUAAGUUUGAAAGUGCUCCAACCACAAUGUUUAUUUUCUGUCUCUGAACUGUCUACAUUCCCCACAACAAUACUUUUAAGCUUUGACAAUUACCUAUCAAAACUCUCUUACUCUCUCUGUUUUCAACGUGUUUGCAAAACUUUACAAAUAUUGCCAGAUGUAGCCACAACAAAACUGUCAAACACUUUAGAAAACUUUUUUCUGUUCGUAAUAUAUUUGUCAAGUAAGUUACAAUACCAAAUUUUUAGGCCUUCAUGUUCUAGAAAGCCAGAAGCUAAAGAGAAUCCAAUUAUCAAAAUUUCUGCCGCAAGAGUAAGAAUUCCCAUCCUAUUUGUAGAUUAAUUCAUCAAAUUUGAUUUUCUCUUUUAACAAAUACCAACAGGAAGCAAAUUUGAAAGAGACUUUUGAAGCAAGUAUCCAAUAAGAAUUCUCAGACUUUGCUUCUUUUACUGCAGGUGUUUUUUACUAUUACAUUAAAUUUUUCACUAUUAAAGCACCUAAGGCGUUCUUAAGUUCGCUGCAACCUACAAGGAGAGUGUUACUACAGGGUUACCCUGCAGAAGUCUUAAGGAACCAUUGACUUCAGAAUCUCUCCGAAUUUGCCUCAAUUUUUUAGUGAUUUUUGUUGAAUUUUGUGAGGAGAAACUUGACACUCAAGUUUAAGAGUUUUUUUUUUUUUUUUUUACUAUCAUCUGUUAUCAUAUCAAUACUCAGCAUACAAUCGUUUUGUAGUAUUUUAUAAUUUUUCCAAAUUUUUUUAUAAGAGUCAAAAUUUUUUCCUCUUUAUGUCUCUUUUUUAAAAUAAUUUAAAUUCAUGGCUCAAGAUUCUAAAUUGUUCUCAAAAAAGUUCAUUUGAAGGACAAAAAAUGAAGGAUAGAGUGAGUGCAAAAGUUACAACCUAAAAUUAACGAAAAUAAUUACUCCGCUGUCCAGCUAAUCGGAUGUUCUCUCUGAUGAAACUUCAAGUCCUCAUUAGUUGAAUUCCGGCCUGACUCAUAAUGGUUAUUUUUGUUUUAAUGGGUGAGAGGCCAUGUAUUUAAUAUGAGGAACUCAGGAAGUGAACUUCUCCAAUCAUGUCACACUUGUGGUGUAGCAUAUACAACGUGAUCUGUCCUCCAAAUUCUUCAUUGUAUAUCUUUCAUGACAUAUCUGUCCUUUUUCUGAUAAAAUUAUUUUGUGAGCUGUUGGGAAGAAUAUUUAUUUCCUAGAAAAGACACCACCAUUGAACUGUGCUUAGUAAUCUUAAAGUAAGGAAGUGUACGAGAUAGAAGCAAAGAUGCGUCCACCAUCAUAAAAAUGAAAAUAUUGUCACUCCUCAAACAUAUUUGAUCGAGUUUUCUUGCUGUUCGCGGAGAAUUAGCAAAAUGGCUUAGAGUAAUUGCAAAAUUGGGAUUUUGUUUAAUUAUUUUCCUCUGAUCCUGUCUCUUGUCUUUAUGACUUGAUCUUAUCGUAGGGGAAUCAAUGAAGAAGAAAAAUAAAACGUAGGCAGGGACAGGCGCAUUUUCAAGAGAACCUGACUCCCUUCUACACAGAAAGAAAUUGUUCAGAAGUUAUGAAAAUUCUACCUAAGAGCAACAGAGGCAGGGGAGCAGUUACCUCUUAAACGACUGACUCGUAGUCUCACUUUCCCAGUAACACUAAUCAAAUUCCUGAUUCUUUUUCUCAACCUUAAGGGUCAAAUGUUGAGUUGUGCCCAUGUUGUUGGCUUCUCUUCAGUCAUAUUCUUUCCAUUACUUCUCAUUAUCAUGUCUUUGUCCAUUUGUAACUGUUAGUAGAUAAAAAGUUAUUUUUUUUUUGUGCCUUAUUUUGUUGUUAUUGUACAGGUACUGAAUAAAUACUUUGAAUUUGA